AUGUCUGAUGCUCUUCCCGAAAUGCAAUACCGGUUCCUCGGCCGGACCGGACUGAAAGUCUCGGUUAUCUCGCUGGGUAGCUGGCUCACAUACGGCGGACAUGUCGGAAAUGAAACGGCUCUUGAAUGUAUGAAGGUUGCAUACGACGCCGGUGUCAACUUCUUCGAUACGGCCGAGGUAUACUCCGGUGGCCAAUCGGAGAUUGUGCUCGGAGAAGCUAUCAAGAAAUUUGGCUGGAAGCAGAAUGAUCUUGUUAUUUCCACCAAGAUCUACUGGGGUAAGGCUAACAGCGCCAACCCGGAUAAGCCACUUAACAACAAUGGCCUCUCCCGCAAGCACAUCAUCGAGGGCAUGAACCUCUCUCUUCAGCGACUAGACCUGCCAUACGUGGACAUUGUCUACGCCCACCGACCAGACCGCGACACUCCAAUGGAAGAAAUUGUCCGCGGCUUCAACUACCUCAUUGACAACGGAAAGGCUUUCUACUGGGGUACCUCGGAGUGGUCCGCGAGCGAGAUCUCGGACGCCUGGCGCAUCGCCGACAGACUGAACCUGGUCGGUCCCGUCGUCGAGCAGCCACAGUACAACCUUUUGGUACGCGAGCGUGUCGAGAAGGAGUACCGCUGGCUAUAUGAUGCCCACGGGCUCGGCCUGACCGUCUUCUCACCUCUGAAGGGUGGUGUUCUGACGGGCAAGUAUAAUGACGCUUCUGCCCCGCCUGCGGGCUCGCGGUUGGCGGAGUCAAAUGAUGGAUAUGUGAAGAAUCUGCGCAAGACCGUGGGCGAUGAUACGUGGCAGCGUCAACUGGAUCAGGUCGCGGCGUUGAAGCCGGUUGCUGAGGAAUUGGGGGUUCCUACGGCGCAAUUGGCCCUUGCGUGGAUCUUGAAGAACCCUAAUAUCUCGUCUAUGAUUACUGGUGCCUCGCGGCCACAGCAAGUGCUUGAUAACAUUCGGGCUUUGGGACUGGUGGAGAAGUUAACGGAUGAGGUUAUCGAGAAGAUUGAGGCGGCUGUUGGGAACCAACCUGCCAUUGAAAACAGACGGUUCUAG